AUGAGUCGUGGUGAUCCACCGCAGUGUGCGGAGUGUAACAUGGCGUUAAACGUCAGCCACGUGUUGAUAGACUGCCGCCUCUACACCGGGCAGAGGAGAGCACAUCGCUUGCCAGGCCGGUUAGAUGAGUUGCUUGAGUGCCAGAAGAAAAGACGAAUAUCUCAGCGUGGCUACCGACGACCUAAUUCUGCGGAGCUGGUGGCAGAAUACAAAACAGCGCGCCGCCGGCUGAACAAAGCUAUCAAAGAUAGCAAAAGGCAAUGCUGGGAGGAGCUCAUAAAUGAGGUAGACAAGGAUCCGUGGGGCAGACCGUACAAGGUGGCUAUGACCCGCCUAAAAAACCAGACAACACCGUCGCCCACAUGCCCACAAUUUCUGAAGACGAUCGUUACCGCACUGUUCCCUAGGCAACGGAAAUUCGAAUACCCGGUGGUGCAGUGUGAACUGGAAGAAAUCCCGCCAGUUUCAGAAAACGAACUGAUGGAAGCGUGUAACCGAGUAGGGAGUAGUAAAGCACCGGGAUUAGACGGAAUCCCAAACAUCGCCUAA